AUGGCGCUAUACGGAACUUCUGACGCCUUGAUGUGCAGAGCUUUCCCGACGACCUUGAGAGGACCGGCCCGCGCGUGGUACGGCAGCCUUAAGGCGGGAACCAUCUCCUCCUUCGACCAGCUCGCUCGGGACUUCGAACUCAACUUCCUCGCUUACGCCCGCCCGAAGCCAUCCGCGGCGCUGCUCCUCGGACUCAACCAAGGGGAAGACGAAUCCCUUUCCCGCUUCCUGGACCGUUUUACGACGCAGAUCCGAGGGCUCUCGGACGCUCAUCCUUCCCUAUUAAUGCAGGCAUUCAUGAUAGGCUUGCGACCCUACAGGUUCUUCUGGUCCCUAGUGGAGCGACCCCCCACGACUGUGCCCGAGAUGCUUCAGAGGGCAAGCCAGUUCAUCGCUGCAGAGACAUGGAUGACCGGGAGACCCAGGGAACACAAAAGGACCAAGUCAGAGCCGCCUCGACAGCAGCAGCCUGCAACAUCCCGGCGUAAAUCAGACAGAUCCGACCCACCGACUCUGAGGUCCCCUCCCCCUACUUUGAAUUCAUCCCGAACGGAUAUAUUUCUUCAUAUAAGGGAGAAAGGACUGCUCAAAGAACCCUACCCGAUGAGCAACCCCCGGGCGUUGGCAGAUCAAUCGAAGUACUGUCGCUUCCACCGGCAACGGGGACACGACAUUGAACAGUGUCAGGAAUUGAAAAGACAAAUCGAAGAGCUCAUCCGCAGGGGACACCUCGAUCAGUAUCUCCGCCCGAACAAAGAAUCUUCGCCACGCCCGGAGGGGCCCGUGGAGCGACACAUCGACGUAAUAUCGGGCGGCCCCGCAUCCGGGGGGGACUCCAUGGCCCGAAAGAAGGCGUACGCCCGAGCCGCCUCAGCUGAAGCCCCCAGACAUGCGCCCGGGCCCAGUAUCACCUUCCCGACCAAGAUGCCUGAACAGGCCGAACACGACGAUGCGCUCGUGAUAUCAGCCAGGGUCGCCAACGCAUAG